AUGGAUUAUUCUUACUAUACCUCUCAGUCUCAACCUUUUCCGCUUUAUGGCCUUCAUAACCUUCCCACCCCCGAACAGACAACCCAUACCUCGCAGCCUGAGGAUCUACAGGACCCCUUGGUCUCUUUGAACUAUCAAUCUUUUGAUCCUACCAACUUGCGUUUCCAAAAUCCCGCCGCUCCCGCUUCCUUUGUCCCGCCGCACUCGCCGCCCGAGUCCUUCUCGAAGCACUCCAUCUCCAGCAACGAAGUCCUCCCUCACCAUGAACGCGCAUCGGCCGAUGGUGAGGAUCAAGUCGGCGACCAUGGCAUGGGUCGGAGCAGCAGCGAGGAGAAAGAGGGCAGUAACAUGACUCCGGCCCAGUCCAAGCGAAAGGCUCAGAACAGGGCGGCCCAACGAGCUUUCCGCGAGCGAAAGGAGCGGCAUGUGCGCGAGCUGGAGGAGAAGGUCAACAACUUGCAGCAGGAGUCCAGCACACUCAUGGCGGACAACGAACGACUGAAGCAGCAGCUGGCGAAGUUCACCACCGAGAAUGAAAUUCUCCGCGCGACAUCCCAGUCCAUCCAUCAUUCACAGCACGGCGCAGACGCCGAACCCACCACGACGGGCCCGUUGAAGUACUCCCCGACGGACUUCACCUCCACACUCGUGCCGGAUGGCGAGCCUGCUCCUCGUCAUCGGGUGACCAUCUGCGAGAAAACAGGGGAGAAGCUGCUUGAUGCGGGUGCGACCUGGGAUCUCAUUCAGGCGCACGAGCUGUUCAAGCAGGGACUCGUGGAUAUCGGUGAUGUGUCGGAACGCCUCAAGGGUCUGGCGCGGUGCGAUGGCCAGGGGCCUGCGUUCCCGGAGAACCAGGUGCGCAAGAUUAUCGAAGAGAGUGCUGCUGCCACGCGUGACGAAUUGAUUUGA